AACGAGCGUAGACGGUCAUGCUGACCGUUGCUCCCGAAAAUUUUUAACCGCCAAUUUCUCUGAGCAAUUUUACAAGCAUUGUGUCUUUGAUAGACAAGACAGCAAUUUUUAUACUUCUUUAAUCAUAUUGUAUUUUAAAGUGCCAUUUUUAAUCACGAGAUCUUGAAAAUGAGUUCCAAGCCAGUGGAACCAGAAAUUAUCCCGGAUGUUCUUCUGGACCCCACCACAAAAAAACGUUAUGUGAGAGGAAAAUUUCUUGGGAAGGGUGGUUUUGCCAAAUGCUAUGAGCUUACAGACAGUGCUACCAACAUGGUCUAUGCUGGCAAAAUAGUUUCCAAGCAGCUCUUGCAAAAGCCUCAUCAGAAGGAUAAGAUGGCCCAAGAGAUUUCAAUUCACCGUGCUCUGCUCCACAAGCAUGUUGUUGGUUUUCACAGUUUUUUUGAGGACACCAACUUUGUUUUCAUUGUUUUGGAAUUGUGCAAACGAAGGAGUCUCAUGGAGUUGCACAAAAGGAGAAAGGCAAUCACCGAACCUGAAGCUCGGUGUUUCAUGCAUCAGUUGCUGCUAGGUGUAAAGCAUCUUCAUGAAAACAAGAUCAUCCAUAGGGAUUUGAAACUUGGAAAUCUUUUCCUUAAUGAGAAUAUGGAAUUGAAAAUUGGAGAUUUUGGCCUCGCAACUAAAUUAGAUUAUGAUGGUGAAAGGAAAAAGACUUUGUGUGGUACUCCCAAUUACAUUGCACCGGAAGUGUUGUGCAAGAAAGGCCACAGCUUUGAAGUGGACAUCUGGUCUAUGGGCUGCAUAUUGUAUACUUUGUUGGUUGGACAUCCACCUUUUGAAACCCAGACGCUGAAAGACACGUACUCCAAAAUCAAGAAAAACGAGUACCAUGUCCCGUCUCGUAUCGGGCCACUGGCUCGCAAUCUUAUCACGAGCAUGCUUCGAGCUGAUCCUUCCAGCCGACCAAACGUAGAUCAAAUUUUGAACGACGAUUUCAUGACUCAAGGCUAUAUGCCUUCGCGUCUGCCUUUGUCCUGCCUUACAAUGCCACCGCGCUUCGAUCCUCGGCUGAGUACCAGUAUAAUUGCCGUCCGUCGUCCACUUGGUGAAAUAAACCGAGAGUCUCCUCUUAUCUCCAAUGAAGUCCAAGGCGUCAAGGGUGAGCCAGUUACUUCCCCAGCCACUGCUGAGACUCCGUUUCCAGCAGUUCCAUCCGGACCAUCACCACAGCAACUCUUGCGUGACUUGCAGCAACAGCUUCAAAAGUUAUUCAUUGCGAAACCGUCUGAAAAGGUUCCAAUCAUUAUGGAUGAGGCUGAAGAUCCAGCAGCCAUUCCAAUGGUAUGGGUUUCCAAAUGGGUUGACUAUUCCGACAAAUAUGGUUUCGGCUAUCAGUUGAGUGACGACACGAUUGGCGUGAUUUUCAACGAUCUUACCAAAUUAUUACUGCACGUCGACGGAAAAGCUAUUCAGUAUGUUGAACGUGACGGUAUUGAAAAGUACCACACUCUGGAUUGUUAUCCUCCGCAGUUGGAGAAAAAGAUGAAACUGUUGGCUUAUUUCCGAUCAUACAUGCAAGAAAACUUGAUCAAGGCUGGUGGUUCGGUCCCGCCAAGAGAAGGUGAUGAACUUAUCCGCUUGCCCUUCCUGCGGCAAUGGUUCCGCACUUCGCGGGCGGUUGUUAUGCACCUCACCAACGGCACUUUACAGGUCAACUAUUUCCGCGAUCACGUUAAAAUCAUCCUGUGUCCGUUGAUGGGAGCCGUCUCGGUAAUCGAUGAAGACAAAAAUUUCCGAACAUUCCGUCUCACAUCUCUUGCUCAGUAUGGAUGCUCAAACGACUUGCUUCAGCGGCUCGAAUACGUCCGCGAGAAAAUUUCUUUCCUUUUAGCUCCUAAAUCACAGAACGGAAUCCGUGCCAAGUGAUUGUUUUGUGUAAAUAUUCUUUUAUGUGUAAAUGCGCUAAAGUAUCCCUCCCAACUUUUUAAACAUUCAAAUUUUCAUAUUCGUUUUUUAAAAGAUGAAACUGCCUCCAGAUGUUCUUAAAAGGUGAAAUUGAAUCAUUAGUUUUCCCAUUCUUACUUCAAAUUUUCUUCCCUAUUUUACGGUUUUCGUUUUAGAAAUGGUAGGUAAACUAAACCCCCGAAAUGUUUUACUUGAAAUAAUACAUGUAGUUUCUUUUAACGAAA